AUGGCGGACGGCGAUACCCUCUUGUUCAACAUCUCAGCAUUCGUUGCCGGCUUAUUCUUGCUCCAAUAUGGCGCCGACAAGUUCAUUGACCACACAGCCAUCGUAGCAGAGCGCCUCAAUGUGUCCCCUACCCUCAUCGGGCUGCUUACAUGCGGCGCCGAGUGGGAGGAGCUUGUUGUUGUUGCCGUCGCUUUGAGCCAGAAGGACUCGAAUCUCGCCCUCGGAAACAUUAUCGGCUCAUCAAUAGCCAAUGUUUUGUCUUCCUUCUCUCUGGGCCUCCUCUUUAUGAACCAAGUCGAGUUCGACCGCAGUUCCAAGAUCUACACCACUAUUUUACUGCUGACCACCUCCCUGUUUAUAGUCCUUCUUGUUGCGAUCAAGGCGGUCCCCCAGUGGCUUACCGGCUCGCUGUUGAUCGUCCUCUUUGUCGUUUACAUUGCAUCAGUGGCAUACUUCAUCUACCGGGGUACACUCACCGCCCCCGAGAGUGACUCGGACAGCGAGAGCGACAGCAACAGCGACAGCGAGGUCGAAGAUGAGGACAGCGACAGCGACAAGGCGAACGAGAGCGGCAGCAGCAGCCGAAGAAGCAGCUCAUCAAGCCACCGCUCCCGUUCGCACCUAACAACCCCCCAGCACUCCCCAACCGACGACGACGACGACGACCCCGAACAAGGCCACCAACUCACCCUCCUCCCCCUCUCCCGACCCAAAACACGCCGCCACCCACCCAAACCCAAACCCAAACCCAAACCCCUCAAACCCCUCCGCCACCACCUCCUGCACCUCCUCCUCGGCCUCGCCGCGCUCCUCCUCUCCAGCUACGUCGUCGCGCACAGCGCCUCCGCCAUCGGCCGCGCGCUGUCCCUCUCGUCAACCGCCGUCGGCGCCACCGUGCUCUCGCUGGCCACGACGCUGCCCGAGAAGGUGGUCGCCGUGCUCGGCGGGGUGCGCCGGCAGCCGGGGAUCCUGGUGGCCAACACGGUCGGGUCGAAUAUCUUCCUGGUGACGCUGUGCGCGGGGGUGUUGUUCUUGGGUGGGGAUGGGGAGGUGUUGGGGAGGGGGUUGACGGGGUUUGAGGUGGGUGCGGUGUGGGUGGGUGCGGUGGUGGUUUUGGGGGUGGUGGUAUUUGGGGGGAGGCGGUGGAUGGGGUGGGUGAUGCUGGCGGGGCUUUCCUUCCUCAGCAGAAUCCCUCGAUUCGGCUUCUUCCUCGUCAUGUCUCGGAGCAAUCCCCGACACCUUGUCCGCCACCAAAACCUAACACCCCUUAUGUCGCUACUAGAGCUCGAAAGCCGACAGGCGAUCUGCCACCGUGCAACCACCAUGACCACCACCACCACCACCACCGCCCACCACACCCUCCUCACCCCCUCCUGCCGCCUCGCCCCAGUCCCCUCACCCCAACCCACCGCGGGCCUCGAAGGCAUCCCCCCGCUGCACGCCCAAUUCUUCUACGCCUCGCCCAUCCCGAUCGACGACCCCCUCUCAGCCGCGACCAUCGCGGGCUCGGCCGACGCGCGGCCCUCCAAGCUCCCGCUGCGGCCCUUCGCCGCCGCCGACAACGCCGCGCUCGAGCGCGCCUGGCUCGGCCUCGCCUCCGACCGCGACCGCCGCAACCACGCCCACGCCUGUCGCCGCGACCGCGACGGCGACCGCAGCCCCAGCCCGGCCCUGUCGCGCGAGAAUGCAGAGAAGCUCGGUGCGAUUGUGGCGGGGCUGGCGGUGAAGCAUAGGGAGAAGCAUGAUCGCGAGGGGCAGGCCGCGGGGCCGGUUGCGGCUGCUGUUGUUGUGGGUGGUGGGGACGGGGAUGCGGGGGUUGAGCCCGGGGGUGGCGGGGUGCCGGUUUGCUGUGGGGAGCUGGCGAUUGACGCGUCGGCGGAGUUGAGGCGGGAGUUUUGUGCGGUUACGAGGCGGAGGCAGCAGGUGUUGGAUCAUGAUCGUGUGUUGGAGGGCGUGAUGGCGCAGUUGGCGAGGUUGAGGAUGGACGCGGAUUCGGCGAGGCCAGCUGCGCACGAGGUUGCGUGGGCUCUGGGCUCCAGCCCGGCGCUGCAGGUUGGGAGUCUGGGGGCCAGGUCGCCGACACCGCCCGUCGAUGGUACCCCGCUGGCGUCCAGUCUGCCGGCUGGGGGGUUCAUUCCUACCCGACCGCCGGUAUUGGAUGAUGGCAUCUCGGGGAAGCCGUUCGUGCGGGUGGAAUCGACACCGAGGUCCACUCGGUCGUCUGGCGUGGGCACGCCGGAUGAUAAGGCGGCGGCGAGGAACGUGCUUCGGGGUAGGGCCAGAGGCGACAGCCGAGCAUCUGCGCGUGGACGGCCAACCACCGCCGAACGGCUGGAGGACUCGGUCGAGGUGCCGGUGGGCAUCUCGAGGCUGCACAUGGUCUCGCUCCCAGUGCUCCAGAUGAAACCGAUCUACUGGUCUCCUGUCAAUGAUAUCGCCACUGUCUUGAGAGCAACUUGGUUCUACAGAGACACCAUGGUUCCUGUGGAGCCCAGCGUUGCAAACCAACUAGAGGCUGGUUACCGCGAGCUUCGACCGUGGACAGAGACAUGGAGCGAUGAGCUGAGAUCUGCGCUCGACGUCGGCCCCCUUGGGGAGGAGAAGGUCUCCCACCGUUUGUGGCCUGAGGUUACCGACAAGCGGCAGAAGGGCAAAGACGGUCUACCCCCGGAGCCGCCAAUAUCUACCGACCCGUUUUGCGCUGCCAGGUGUUUCCGUGGGGAGGCUGCCACCGAGGGAUCGCUAGAGCCAGUCCACUCCGAGGAAGACACCGCGCUCACGCCUCCCGAGUCCAGGAUGUACUCGAGGUCCUAUGUCGUUUACAAAGAUGGAUCGGCCGCGUUUCUACUAAAACCUAGCCAAAAGCCGUCGGCUUAUUACGGCCGAAAGCCUAUUUCUAAGAUCAUGAAGGGCAUAACCGUGGGGCUGCCUGUCGUUCGUGGAUUUGACCGGGCGGCCUGGGAACGGGUGAACGACAAGGGGGCGGCUUCGCGCAACAAGGGCACGUCGCCUGUGACCCCAGCGGCGGAGCUGCGCCAGACUGCUGAAGCGGGCGGUUGUCCAGGAUGCCAGGCGGACAAAGACCGGGGCCAGGUUACCGACCUCGUUCUUAUUGCUCACGGCAUUGGCCAGAAGCUAUCCGAGCGUGUCGAGAGCUUCCACUUUACACAUGCGGUCAACGCUUUCCGAAGAGAUAUCAACAUCGAACUUGACACCCCGAGCGUUAAAUCUGUCCUUCGGCCAGAUCAAAACGGGAUAAUGGUGUUGCCCGUAAACUGGCGCCACCUCCUGAGUUUCGAUGGCAACAACCCCGCCAGUGAAGAGGAUAAAUCAGCCUACUCUCCCGACGGCUUCACCCUAAAAGACAUCGAGCCGCCCACAAUCCCCGCCGUGCGGAGUAUGAUUUCGGACGUCAUGUUCGACAUCCCGUACUACAUGUCCCACCUCAAAACCAAGAUGAUAGCCGCUCUCGUCGGCGAGGCCAACCGCGUCUAUCGCCUCUGGUGCACCAACAACCCAGGCUUCUCUGAAAAGGGACGUGUCCACCUCAUCGCGCACUCCCUCGGCAGCGCCAUGGCCAUCGAAGUCCUCUCCAAGCAACCCACCCGUGUUCCCCGACCGCUGGACCUCUCCACCCCAGGCCCGGACACGCGCUUCUUCGAGUUCGACACCACCAACCUCUUCCUGCUGGGCAGCCCGGCCGGCUUUUUCCUCCUCCUCGACCGCGGCGGCCUAGUGCCGCGGCGUGGCCGCCUCAAACCAGGUGCCGAAGUCGCCGACACGGUGGCCAAGGACGUAGUCGCCGACGUGGGUGUGUUCGGCUGCGUCGCCGUCGACAACAUCUACAACAUCCUCGCCAAGGAAGACCCCAUCGCCUACCUCCUCAACGGCGCCAUCGACCCCGUCUACGCGGCCGGCCUCAAAGUCGCCUACGUCCCCAGCAUCAGCACCUCCUUCUUCAAAUCCGUCGGCGGCGCCCUCGAGCUCGAGGUGCACGACUUCACGCGCGAGGAGGUCGCCGAGCGCAAGGCCUUUUUGCUCAACGACAACGGCCAGCUCGACUACUACCUGCGCUCGGGCGGCGGCCCGCUCGAGAUGCAGUACCUCAACAUGCUGUCCGCCCACACCAGCUACUGGACCAACCAGGACCUGAUCCGCCUGCUGUGCGUUGAGAUUGGGCGCGUGCCCGGGCGCGCGCAUGCGCUGCCGUCGAUGCGGGCGGUUAAAGUGAAAGGGCGGUUUGGGGGGCAGCUUUGA